AUGUCAACCACAUCGUCCGCUAAAGUCGAACGCCAAGGGUUUGUGGCCAGGUCCCAACCACAAACCCGAGGCCGAAAACGAAAACUGAGCAACGCUGCGCAACCACUUGAUAUCGGAGAGCAGGAUGACGAACUGAUGGAUGAGUCCGGCGGUUGA